AUGAUGGAGGAAGGAGCAAGGUGUUGGGUGAUUCUGGCGGUGUACAUCAUCUCCUUCCUGGUGGGACUGCCCGCCAACGUCCUGGCAAUCCAUGCCUUCAGUGUCAAGAUUCACUCCAAGUCCAGUCCUACUUGCAUCCUACUACUCAACCUUUCUCUCUCAGACCUCCUCUUACUCAUAGUUCUUCCUUUCAAAAUGCAUGAGGCCGUGUCCGGCAUGGUCUGGAAUCUGCCCAUCUUCCUGUGCUCCAUCACCAGUUUCACCUUCUUCUUUUCCAUCUACACCAGUUCUCUGCUACUGAUGGCAGUCAGUGUGGUGCGCUUCAUUGGCGUAGCUUUCCCCAUCACCUACCACCGGAUGAAAAAGUCCGUCUAUGCCACAGUGGCUAGCGUGGUCAUCUGGCUCGUGUCAGCUGCCCACUGCUCCAUCGUUAUCAUUGUGCAGGAAACCCAUGAGCUAUCCAACACCAACUCCACCGUGUGCUAUGACAACUUCACAGAAAAACAGCUGAGUGUCCUCCUCCCAGUACGUUUGGAGAUAAGCGUGGUCCUCUGUUUCAUACCUCUUUUGGUGUGUGUUUUCUGCUAUUUGGGCUGUAUCUGGAUCCUCUACAACAGACCCAAUAUUUCAAGGAUGCAAAAGAAGAAAGCCAUUGGCAUGGCCUUGGGGACCUUAGCUGUCUUCCUGGUUUGUGUGGUGCCGUAUAACUUGUCGCAUUUGUUGGGGUAUUUGAACAAUAUCAGCCCAAAUUGGAGGCUCUAUACACUGCUGUUCAGUGCAUUAAACACCUGUCUGGACCCCAUUAUCUUCUACUUCUCCUCCUACAUCUCUGCAUGA